CUAUUAUUUUGUAAAUAAACAACGCACGAAAAAUUACGUGUUGCUGAGUUGCUCUCUAAGUUGCAACGCAUAUUCUGCAAUAUCAACACCGAAAAUGGAGUUACCUGUAGAACCAGUAGAAGAAUGUAAGGACUUCAUAAUUAAAUAACAACGAAAGAAAAUACAAGUUAAAUUCUCUUACCGGCUGAGGUCUUAUUUACUGAAAAUUUGUAAAGGGGGCGCUGUUUAAAUAAACAGAUUCAAAAUUAAAUCGCCAAAGGCUGACAGAAUUGAACGGUUAUCUCUACCAUAUUUGGUUGAAUUUAACGGAAGUCUUUUAAAAUAACUUCAAAUUUGUAAGGAAUUAAGAAUUUGUGAAUUACUAAAUGAUUGGUGUAAUGUAUUAUAUGUAUUUGGCUCUAUAAAGGAUUCCCCAACCUAAAAAUUCGACAACGCAGUUAUGUGUAGACUAGGAGAUGGAAUUAUAAUGUUAGACUUACGGCUUUUACUAAGGAUGAAAAGGCUUCUCUGCUUACUUGCAAAAUGGAUGCAGCCAGUGAUGAAAAUAUCCAUUUUGUUGCUACUUGGAGCAGGUUUAUUGUUUGCAUACGCAUUUGUAAAUGUAAAAGAUGAGUUACCAUCUUUUGCGGAAAGAUUCGACUACAGAAAGCCGAAAUCGCAGUGUUCCGAAAUACUGGACGUCAAACAUUCGAUGAAAUCAUGUCCAUCAUCUCUAGAAAAGGAAUUCCUGCGACUCAAAACCAAAGCAUUUGAUCUCGAAAACAUGAUUCGAAAAAUGAAACUGCAGCUAAGCAAAUUUUAUUCCUGUCGUGGAGGCAAAGAAAUAAAUGAAGAGCUGGCGGAUUUCGCAUCGGAAGCCGUCGGAGGUUGUAUAGUAGAUACUCCAGACACAGAGCCGUUUCAUGUCGCUCAAUCGGACCAAAUCACUCUCUUUGGAAUUCCAAUUUGGCGACCUUCUUACCACACACCACGGAAAGUAAUUCAGCCAUGGGUGCAAGCUGGAGAAUGUUGGGCUUUCAAGGGUUCCACGGGGAAAAUUAUUAUCGACCUGGCUAAAUCCGCAAUGAUUAGCCACGUGACAAUGGAACACAUUCCAGCAUCCGCAUCUUUAUCAGGAACAAUCGAUUCCGCGCCGAAGAAAUUCAGCGUUCUCGGACAAGUCAAAGAAGAAUUUGUCUGCAUAGGCAACUUCACCUACAACAUCAACAGACCUCCUAUUCAAACUUUUUCCGUGAAGAGAAAGGAGAUGACACAGUCCCCGUUUAAGCGAGUACUACUAGAAAUAAUAUCCAACUGGGGCAAUCCCCACUACACUUGUAUCUACAGAUUCAAGGUUCAUGGAAAACUGUUCGACGACACUCUCUAUAACUAAUUUUCUCAUUUAAAAAUCGAGAAGACACCUUAUAUUUCAAAGAAGUUAAAGAUUCCACUCAGUAAAACCCUUCGAAAGUGUUCCAAUUCCUCAUUUUAUAUUACUUUAUAUUAUAGAAAUAUAAAUUAUUUACCAUAAUCAUCCAUUUUAUAUAGUAUCUUUUUUUAUAAUUAAUGAAAUUAAGACAAUAUGUACCUGAUCGUAAUAAAU